AUGAAAGGGUUACAACAAUUCAUAGUAGAGCUACGGAACUCAAAAGAUCAAGAAGAAGAAUAUAAAAAAAUUACUCAAGAAAUUAAUAAUAUACAUCAAAAAUUUCAAUCAGGAACAUCAUUAAAUGGGUAUCAAAGAAAAAAAUAUAUUUGUAAAUUAUUAUAUAUAUAUAUUGUUGGAAAUUCGGAAUUAAUUGAUUUUGGAUUAAAAGAAUCAUUUGAGUUAUUGAAUUCAUCUGUAUUUAGUGAAAAGAAAUUAGGAUAUUUAGCAGUAUCAAUCUUAUUAAAUAAUCAUAAAAAUAGUAAACAAUCAUUAUUCACAGUUAAAGAUCAUUUGAAUUAUAUACUAGAUGAAGCUCAUGAAUAUUUGAUACGAGAUUUACAAUCAAGAGAUGAAGAAGUGAAUUGUUUAGCUAUUCAAAUGAUUGCGAAUUGUUUUACAGCUUCAAAUGUAAUAAUUUAUGAUUCAGAUCCAAACGCGUCAAAUUGGAUAGAAUUAAUUGAUCUUGUUUAUGCAUCAGUAACAUCCCCAAUGAAUAAACCAAUUGUUAAGCAAAAGGCAUUAUUGGCUUUGAAUUCAUUAUUACAAUUAUAUCCAGAAGUCAUAUUAAAAAAUGUAAAUUGGAUACCGAGAUUAUUAAAAGUAAUUGAGGAAUCAAAAGAUUUUGGAGUUCUUAUAUCAACUGUACCUUUAUUAAAUUUUUUACUAUCAUUGAAAGCAGAAGUUGUGAAAUCGAUAAUUCCUUCAGUUUCUCGAAGAUUAUAUUCAAUUGUUGUGGAGAAUGAAUGUCCACAAGAUUAUUAUUACUAUGACACACCAGCUCCUUGGUUAGUUGUGAAACUAUUACGAUUUGUUGAAAACUGCUUUUUAGUAGUGGACGGAAAUAACGUACCAAAAAUUACACUUGAAAAAUUGGAUCAAAAUUCAAUUAAUGAAUUACGUCAAGUAGUAUUUAAAGCAUUUCAAAAUGCUUCAAAACAUGUUAAGGGUUUACCAAACAGGAAUUCACAAAGUGCUAUAUUAUUUCAAGCUGUAUCAUUGGCUGUAUUCUUGGAUGCGUCUUCAGAAGUUAUUAUGAGAGCAUCAAAUGCAUUAUUAAUGUUAAUUAAUUCAAAUGAAACAAAUACUAGAUAUUUAGCAUUAGAUGCUUUAAUCAAACUAACAUCUAGACUGAAUUCAACUUACUUAUCUACGAAGGAAAAAUUCACUGAAACUUUACCCAUAUAUGUUAAAUUAUUAAAUGAUAGAGAUAUCUCAGUGAAAAGAAAAGCAUUGGAUUUAUUAUACACAAUAUGUAACAGCGAAAGUUAUACCAUUAUUGUCAAUGAACUACUCAAUUAUUUCCCACAUGCAGAUAUGCAAAUGAAACAAGAAUUAGCUAUCAAAAUUGCUGUUUUAGCAGAACAAUUUGCAACAGAUUCAAUAUGGUAUGUUACAACCAUGUUAAAAUUGUUAUCAACAGGUGGUGAAUCAUCAAAUGGAGUAGGAUUUAUAGGUAGUGAAGUUUGGGAAAGAAUUGUUCAAAUUGUAGUUAAUAAUGAUACAAUGCAAAAGCAAACUUGUAAAAUUAUUAUAAAUUUAAUGAAAAGACCAUUUAAUAAUCAUCAAUCGACUCAACUUUCUGAAAACUUAGUUAAAGUGGCUGCUUUUAUAUUAGGAGAAUAUGGAGAUCAAGUAAAUGACAUUGCAGAAACAAAUAUUCAAGUACAAUAUAAAUUAUUAUAUGGAGCAUAUUUCACAGUAUCUUUAUCUACAAGAGCAAUGUUAUUGACAUCAUUUUUAAAAUUUUUAGUGAAAUUUCCUGAAUCUGAGUUUGUUCCUGAAAUUGUUGAUUUAUUUGAAAUUGAAACACAAUCUAUGGAUUUGGAAAUUCAAACAAGAGCUUUUGAAUAUUUGAAAUUAUCAACCAACAAUUCUGAUUUUGCACUAGCAAAAGCUGUUAUCAGAAGUUUACCUGCUUUUAAUCAACAAGAAAGUCCUUUAUUAAGUCGACUUGGAAUACCGACUCCUCCAAAUUUAACUAGAUCGAAAUCUUUAGUAAUGGCCCAAAAUAUUAAACGACCUGAAAAAAGUGAUAUGACAUUAACAAGUAAUUGGUAUUCAGGGUAUCAUAGAAUGUUGAAUUUUGACGCAGGUAUAUUUUUUGAAAAUCAAUUAAUAAAAAUAACUUAUAGAAUUGUUAAAUCUAAUUUUAAUCUAGCUAUCAAAUUCAUAAUUCUCAAUAAUGCUAGUAAAACAGUCGGAGAAACAAUAACAGGAUUGACUUUAUUAAAUCUUGAAUCAUUAGCUUCCGAUACAGAGCCAAAUUACACACUACAUACAAAACAACUACCAGAAUCCAAUGUUGUAGAUAAAACUCAAUUAGAAAUUGAUGUUAAAAUAAGAGGUAUAACAGAAUUGAAAGAGAAUCCUAUUUUAUCCCUUACUUUUAAAUGUGGUGGAUCAUUUAAUCACCUAAAUCUCAAGUUUCCAGUUUCAGUAUUAAAAACAUUAACACCAACUGCAUUAGUAGGAUAUGAAGAAUUUGAAAGAAGAUGGUCACAAAUUGGAAAUCAUUUAAAAGCUGAUGGUGAAUAUAUUACAACUAUACAUUUAAAUCAUAGACAAGAUGAAUCUCAAAUCAGUAGAUUAUUAACAAGAGUAGGAUUUGCAGUCGUACAACCUCCAGUUUUAUCAAAUGCAAUAGAUAUUAGUGGAGUUGGUAUAUUACAUACUCAAAAAUCAAAUUAUGGAUUAUUAGUUAAAUUCAUAAAUCUAGAUGAAAUUGGAAAGGAUUUAAGACUUGUUGCACGUUGUACUGGUGGUGGGGUCGCUGAAAUUGUUGCAUUAACGUUGAAAGAAAUCUUUGUAGGUUAA